GUGAGAUCGAUCGCUGCAAGCCAAACAUCCACCUCCCACCAGUCCACCAUCAACUCCACGGGCAAUUAGCAUCAGCAAGUUGCCUUGUGUCCCUCAGACGACAAGAGUCUGUCAUAUACGUGCAAUUCGGCAUGGCUGGAGCCAAGGAGCAGGGUCCCGAGAGGAUCUCAAUUCUCGGCGAGGCCAACAUCAUUGUCGAGCACGGCUUGUGGCUUGACUUCGUUGCAGAAGACCUCGUUCAGAACAUUCCGACGUCCACCUACGUCCUCAUCACCGAUACGAACCUCUUCAACACCUACGUACCUGCCUUUCAAUCUCGCUUCGAGGCCGCCGCUGCGAGUAAGCCGACCCGCUUGCUCACGUAUGCCAUUCCGCCGGGCGAGGCGUCCAAGAGCCGCGAAACAAAGGCUGAAAUUGAGGACUGGUUGCUGUCGCGGCAAUGCACGCGCGACACCGUCAUAAUCGCUUUGGGCGGCGGCGUCAUGGGCGACAUGAUCGGUUAUGUCGCCGCAACCUUCAUGCGCGGAGUCCGCUUCGUUCAGGUGCCUACAACCUUACUCGCCAUGGUUGACUCAUCGAUCGGCGGCAAGACAGCCAUUGACACACCGAUGGGCAAGAAUCUUAUAGGGGCUUUCUGGCAACCCCAGCGCAUAUACAUCGACUUGGCUUUCCUUGAGACCUUGCCUGUUCGCGAGUUCAUUAACGGCAUGGCCGAGGUCGUCAAGACGGCCGCCAUCUGGAACGAGGCCGAAUUCGCCGUUCUAGAAGAAUCCGCUGCCCAGAUCCUGGAAUGCGUCAGGGCCAAAGGCGCUGGACGCCUAGACCCGAUCAGAGAUGUGCUCAAGCAGAUAGUCGUCGGGUCCGCCAAGGUCAAGGCUGAGGUUGUCUCCAGCGACGAGCGCGAAGGCGGUCUCCGCAACCUCCUGAACUUUGGCCAUUCGAUUGGGCACGCAAUUGAGGCUCUCCUUACCCCACAGCUUCUCCAUGGUGAAGCCGUAGCCAUUGGAAUGGUCAAGGAAGCGGAGCUCGCGCGUUACUUGGGAGUCCUUCGUCCUGGAGCCGUCGCCAGGCUGGUCAAGUGCAUUGCCAGCUACGACCUGCCAACCUCCCUCACAGACAAGCGUGUGGUCAAAUUGACAGCUGGCAAAGAAUGUCCUGUGGAUGUGCUCCUCGAGAAGAUGGGAGUCGACAAGAAAAACGACGGUAAGAAAAAGAAGAUUGUGCUGCUUUCUGCCAUCGGCAAAACCCACGAGCCCAGGGCCAGUGUCGUCGAUGACAAAACAAUACGGGUUGUACUCUCGCCUGCCACUCGAGUAACUCCCGGAGUGCCGAGUAACCUCAAUGUCACCGUCACCCCCCCUGGCUCCAAGAGCAUCUCCAAUCGCGCCCUUGUGCUCGCUGCUCUUGGAUCAGGUAUCUGCCGCAUCAAGAACCUUCUUCACUCAGACGAUACCGAAUAUAUGCUGUCAGCGAUCCAUCAGCUUGGCGGUGCUACCUACUCCUGGCAAGAAGCUGGCGAGGUCUUGGUUGUCGAUGGGAAGGGUGGUCAGCUCCAGGCCAGCAAGGAGCCGCUUUACCUGGGGAAUGCCGGGACAGCGUCUCGUUUCCUCACAACUGUCGUUGCCCUUUGUUCCCCUACCGUCGCCGCAGGAUCUAGCGUCCUGACUGGAAACGCCAGAAUGAAGGUCCGACCCAUUGGCGCAUUAGUCGAUGCCCUGCGAUCAAAUGGCGUUGACAUUGAAUACCUUGGCAAGGAAAACAGCCUCCCACUUCGUGUUGAUGCCGCCCAGGGGUUCAAGGGAGGCGUCAUUGAGCUGGCUGCGACCGUCUCAUCUCAGUACGUCUCGUCUAUCCUCAUGGCCGCACCUUACGCCAAAAACCCAGUGACAUUGCGAUUGGUCGGCGGAAAGCCCAUAUCUCAGCCCUACAUCGACAUGACUAUCUCCAUGAUGGCUACUUUUGGCGUUAGUGUGACGCCCUCGUCCGAUGAACCGAAUACCUACCAUAUCCCUCAAGGUGUCUAUCAAAACCCGGCUGAAUACACCAUUGAAAGCGACGCCAGCUCAGCAACGUACCCCCUUGCGGUUGCUGCCAUUACUGGAACCACGUGCACCAUCCCCAACAUUGGUUCCAAGUCGCUCCAGGGCGACGCGCGUUUUGCCGUCGACGUAUUACGCCCCAUGGGUUGUACUGUGGCUCAGUCUGACUACUCUACAACGGUGACCGGUCCUCCCCGGGGCGAGCUCAAGGCUCUGGCACACGUCGAUAUGGAGCCGAUGACGGACGCUUUCCUUACGGCCUCGGUCCUAGCUGCUGUGGCAUCUGGGAAAACCAGAAUUACAGGCAUUGCGAAUCAGCGUGUCAAAGAAUGCAACCGAAUCGCGGCAAUGAAGGAUCAGCUGGCUAAAUUCGACGUGGUAUGCAACGAACUUGAGGAUGGAAUCGAGGUCAACGGGAAGUCACAAGACGGUGGUCUCUUGGCACCCAAGGCCAGUAUCCAUUGUUAUGAUGACCAUCGUGUUGCAAUGAGCUUCAGCGUCUUGGCUGUUGCGUCAUCGAGCCCCGUAGUGGUAACGGAACGCGAAUGCGUUGGAAAGACGUGGCCGGGGUGGUGGGAUAUCUUGUCCCAAUCCUUCAAGGUCGAGCUCGAGGGGAUAGAGCCAAGCACCGAUGCCCACGACGAAGCCAACAACGACACGAACAAGGACCGAUCUAUCUUCAUCAUCGGAAUGCGAGGGGCUGGCAAAACUACUGCUGGCGGGUGGAUGGCGAGAUUGCUUGAUUGGAAGUUCAUCGACCUGGAUCAGGAGUUGGAGAGACGGGCUGGCUGCACGAUCCCCGAGAUGAUUAGGGGGGACCGGGGAUGGGAAGGUUUCCGAGCAGAUGAGAUGGCCCUUUUGCGGGACGUUGUGGAGCAUAAACCCCAAGGCCACAUCUUCUCCUGCGGCGGCGGUAUCGUGGAAACGCCCGAGGCGAGACAGCUUUUAAGAGAGUACGGCAAGAAUGGUGGCCGCGUCAUUCUGGUUCACAGGGACACCGACCAGGUCGUGGAGUACCUGAUGCGAGACAAGACCCGACCUGCCUACACAAGUGAGAUUAGACAAGUCUAUCACCGCCGCAAGACUUGGUACGAUGAAUGCUGCAACCUUCUCUACUACAGCCCUCACCCAGAAACCUCGGACACUCAGCAAGAGAUUCCUCACGACUUCCAACAGUUUGUGGCCUCGGUCUCAGGGAGAAACAAUCACCUCGAGGAGGUGAUGCGCAAGGAUCACAGCUUCUUUGUCUCGUUGACGCUCCCUGAUCUGAGCGAGGCCGCUGAUUUGAUUCCCAAGGUCGUGGUUGGAUCUGACGCUGUUGAGCUUCGGGUAGACCUCCUGCGGGAUCGCUCUAUCGAUUCGAUUGUGCGACAAGUUUCUCUCCUACGCUCCCUGGCCAGGAUCCCGGUCGUUUUCACACUACGCACCGAGUCGCAGGGCGGGAAGUUCCCAGAUGAUGCCAUUGAAGAAGGCCUCGAGCUCUACCGGCUCGCCCUAAGGCUAGGUAUCGAGUACAUCGAUGUCGAAAUGACGCUUCCCGAGAGCGUGAUCCAGUCAGUCACAGAGUCCCGUGGCAACUCCCGCAUCAUUGCCUCACACCAUGACCCAGAUGGCACAUUGUCUUGGAAGAAUGCCUCGUGGAUGACGUUUUACAACCGAGCCCUGCAACACGGCGACAUCAUCAAGCUGAUUGGAAUUGCCCGCAGUGACGAGGACAACUUUGAUCUCGCGAGAUUCAAGGCAAAGAUGUUGGCUGCUCAGAAGACACCCAUGAUUACCAUGAACAUGGGUCAGGCUGGCAAGCUAAGCCGCAUCCUCAACAAGUUCUUGACUCCAGUUUCCCACCCCGCACUCCCUUUCAAGGCUGCACCAGGUCAGAUGUCUGCCGCGGAGAUCCGCCGCGGCCUUGCGCUUCUAGGCGAUUUGGACUCGCAGAACUUCUAUCUGUUCGGAAAGCCCAUCUCCGCCUCACGUUCACCGGCUCUUCACAACACCCUAUUUAGCCAGGUGGGACUGCCACACCAGUACCAUCUGCUGGAGACCGACAACGUCACAGACUUGCGAGAUGUCCUCCAAUCCCCAGACUUUGGCGGUGCGUCAGUGACCAUUCCCCUUAAGCUGGAUAUCAUGGCCCAUGUCGAUGAGUUGUCCGUGGCAGCUAAAACCAUCGGCGCCGUGAACACCGUUAUUCCCAUCGGCGCGGCGGAUGCCAGCGGGCGCCGCCGCCUCCUUGGUGACAAUACUGACUGGAAGGGAAUGGUUUAUGCUCUCCAGAAUGCCGGUGUUGAAACCCAAGAAGAGUCAGAUGCAAACCGCGCCGCCAUGGUGGUCGGUUCUGGAGGCACAACCCGAGCGGCCAUUUUCGCGCUGCACUCCCUUGGCUUCAGCCCGAUCUACGUGGCCGCCAGGGACUUGAGCAAGGCAAAGGCGCUGACAGCAGACUUCCCUGUUGAGUAUGGUCUACAGAGCCUUAGCGACGUGUCGGCCGCAGACAAGGUCUCCUUGAACCUCCAGGUCGUCAUCAGCACUAUCCCCGCCGAUCGCCCAAUUGAUGCAGGCCUGCAAAAUCUGGUCGCCCUGGUAUUUGGUCGCCCUCCGGCGAACGAAGCGCAUCGGGUUCUUCUUGAGAUGGCCUACAAGCCCCGUCAUACGCCAAUUAUGCAGCUCGCCGAGGAUGCUGGCAACUGGACAACCAUUCCUGGCCUCGAGGUCUUGGCUUCCCAGGGCUGGUAUCAGUUUGGAAGCUGGACAGGAAUCACUCCUCUUUACGUCGAUGCCCGUGCUGCCGUCCUGGGCUCUUGAUGUGUCUGUAGUGACGGUGUGGAGAUCCUAUAUCUCUAUCGUUCAUUCAGGGGUGUUGGGAUAGCUGGUUGGUCACUGGUCCUAAGUUAUGAAAAAAGUUAUAUUAGACGAGAUACAAAAGUUCAAUGUGCUAUCUAUGUACAAGUUGCGCAUUUUUAUUGUGAGACAAUGGCAUUUGUAGGCUAGCUGUGUCCGUAUGUCAGGGGCAUCAUUGAGUGGAGACUUGCGGGGCAACGGCAGCUGAAG